GUCCUCCAGAGCCAAGGCCCCUCCCUCCCCAGUCCUUUACUGCAAGGAAGGGGGGGGGGUUGCUUGGGUGUCUCUCCUGCAAGGGUUGCAUCGCUGUCCCCUCCUGGGAUCUGGAUUUCCUAGAGCUUCUCGUUAAGACGGACAGAACUUGGCAGAAGACCAAAGGGUUCCUUCCGAUCUCUUAGAGGCUUCCUGAGAGCACAGAUGGAAGAGCGAGAUUCAGCUGGCCCUGCAACCAUAAGAGGCCAUGCCAACCAAACUGGGAACAGUGGGGGAUUCUGGGAAAAAACAGUGCAGAAGAUCCUGGGUGAGGAGGACACCCUCCGCUCAGAGGUGCAGAGCCAGCAGUUGAGGCAGUUCUGCUGCCAGGAGGCCAAAGGACCCCGAGAGGUUUGCAGCCGACUCUACCACUUUUGCCACCAGUGGCUGAAGCCAGAAAGGCACACGAAAGCUGAGAUGCUGGACCUGGUGAUCUUGGAGCAGUUCCUGGCUGUCCUUCCCCCGGAGAUGGAGAGCUGGGUGAGGGAAUGUGGAGCAGAGACCAGUUCCCAGGCGGUGGCCCUGGCCGAAGGUUUCCUCCUGAGUCAGGCAGAGGAGAGAAAAGAGGGCUCGUGGGAGGCCGGCACGAAGAAGGAGGAGGAUUAA